AUGAAACUCGAUGGGACGUCCGAGGAUUCCUCUUCCCCGCCGCCACUCUCUCCCGUUCUGUUUCUCCUCGCUCAUCCUCUCCGCUCCCAAGAUCAUCCCGGCGUCUGCAAGGACAAAGACGAGCAUGCAUCCGUCCCCGCCCUUUCGCGCGUGCCAGCAGCCGCGCGUGUACAAACUCAUCGACGCCCGGUUCCCCUGCAUGACUCCCGCCGCUCGCGCCCGCGGGCUGCAGCGCGUCGACAUCGACCUGCCGCCGUCGUCCGCCUCCAGCUCGCCAAGCGUCGACGCCGCGGCCACGUCUGCGUCUCUCCGUCGCCCCAGCACGCGCCGCUGCAACCGCGUCCGCAGCAGCCUCCAACCGUCGCCGUCCGCUCCAGCAACUCAUGCUCAACGUCUCUGCUCUCCGACGUCUUCGUCGCGGACAUCAUCGACCCAGCGCGACGGCCAGGCCCUGCACCUCGUCGCUGCGUGUCCGCUGGCCAGUCGCUCGUCCCUGCCUUCUUCAUCCUGGUCUUCCUCAAGGACGCCAAGGCCGGCAGCAGCUCGAGCUCGUCCACGUCUUCAUCAUCUACCACCCGGCCACCUUCUUCCUCAACGCCGGCGAGCCCCUCUGCCGCUUCUUCCUCGUCGUCGAGCAACCCUGGCAUUUGCUUCUUCCCGGAUAGGAUCACGAAGUGGUGUGGUGAGAUACUGACGAGUUCCUCCGACAAGUUCUCCUGCUGA